CAGCAAGGGGCUGCGCCACAUUUAAAGCGCGUUCGCGUUCAGAAGGCAUCACCAACUUCUUUCAGCUUUGGGAGGGAAGUGAUGUUUCACAGUAAGUGGCGCAGUGUCUCUGCAAGAGACGCAGCGUCAGUAUUUCACACGUGAAGCAUGGCCAAGUCAUAUAUCACAGCGCGUCAUUUCGUGGUGAAAAAGAAAUAUUUGAGUCAGGUGAGUAAGAGUGAAUGAGAAGACAAUGGACAGCCGGACCGAGAACCCGACGAAGGCAGCGGGCUACCUGAAAGAGCUGAAUAAGAUCAUCGAGACGCAGCAGGCGCUGCUGGAGCGUCAGAAGAUGCGCAUCUUUGAGCUGGAGCAGCAUGUGUCUGACCUGUGCGCGGAGAACAGCCGCCUGAAACACGAGUACCAGCGGCAUCUGCUCACCUGCAGACUGCGAUCCAUUCAAGAAAACACCGCACAACAACAGUCAGAAUACAACAGUUCAAGAAUCGUCAGAAGACAUGCGUCUUUGCCUGUAGAAACAACAGGUAUCUCCAGCAUGCUCCGAUCAGCCGUGUGCGGGAGAACUGCUCCAUGUCGACAGUGGAAGUCUGCAUCAUUCGGUGUGGAGGGAGAUGUUCAAAGCAGUAAACCUGGCCCUUCAUUGGACAGCAGCACAGGAUAUGUCCACGGCCCUGUGACACACAGUUCUUCCUUGAGUCUAGACCAGUUUGACAGCUCACUGUAUGGCCAGAGUGUCCAUCCAGGCCCACAACGGCCUCAGAGACCCAAACUCCAGCACUCACAGUCUAUCCUCCGCAAACAGGCUGAGGAGGAGGCCAUCAAACGCUCGCGCUCCCUUUCUGAAAGCUACGAGCUCUCCACAGACCUACAGGACAAGAAGGUGGAAAUGCUUGAGCGGAAGUAUGGAGGCCGUUUCAUAACUUGUCAUGCUGCUCGCACCAUACAGACAGCUUUCCGCCAGUACCAAAUGAACAAGAACUUUGAACGUCUCAGGAGUUCUAUGUCAGAGAACCGCAUGUCCCGCAGGAUCCUUCUGUCCAACAUGAGGAUGCAUUUCUCUUUUGAUGGACCUGAGAAGGUCCACAGUUCCUUUUUUGAGGGGAGGCACAUGUCUGUUUUGGAUGAUACCAGCCAAGUAGGAGCCAUGAUGCAAGCUGGAGAGAAGGUUCCUGCCAUUUUGGAAGCCCCAGAAUCUCAAAGCGAUUUAACAGAUACCAUCACAGAGCUAGAGGAUGCUUUCUCCAGGCAGGUGAAGUCAUUGGCGGAGUCCAUUGAUGAUGCACUGAACUGUCGAAGUCUGCACGAGGAGCAAGUGGUUUAUCCACAGGAUAAGCAGCAAGAAGAUGAGCUUUCUCACCCUGAGGUCUGUGACGUGACGCUUUUCAUCGAUGAAGAGGAGCUCUCUCCACCCGUUCAGCCUUCCUGUUCUGUGGAGCAUCCGUCCAGCAUGGAGUCUGAGCAGUGCACCCAGUCUGUCAGCUCCUCGCAAGAGUACUGGUUCAUGGACGGCAAUGACGAUAAGUUGGACACGGACACUAGCUGCAGGAGCACUCCUUCCCUCGAAUGCCUGGACCCUCGGCCUCGUAUGGAUCAUUUACCCUUUCUGACCAUAGAGCCACCCAGCAACAGCUCAGCUGACAUGAGUGAUCAGUCUGAACUCGGCUCAGUCAAGCAAAAGGACAUUCACGGACAGACUGUAGCAGGACCACGGGCCAGUCCCAAGAACAUCUCACAUGUACUACCUCCCAGAGUUUCCUCACUUUUUCGAGACGAGGAGCCACUCAGACACCGGCAAGUGGACUGUCACCUGGCCACCAACGGCAACCGGCAGAGCAAAUCAGAGUCUGACUUUUCAGAUGGGGAUAAUGACAGUAUCAACAGCAAUCCAAACUCCAAUGACACCAUCAACUCAGAGUCCUCAUCCAGAGACAGUUUGAGAGAACAGGCUCUCAGCAAACAGACAUACCACAAAGACACUCGCAACAGCUGGGACUCGCCGGCAUUCAGCAGUGACAUCGUUCGCAAGAGGCAAUACCGCAUCGGACUCAACCUAUUUAAUAAAAAGCCAGAGAAGGGCAUUCAGUACCUAACUGAGAGGGGUUUUAUUCCCGACACGCCCGUGGGUGUCGCCCACUUCCUGUUACAGAGGAAGGGCUUGAGCAGGCAGAUGAUUGGGGAAUUUCUCGGGAACCGACAGAAACAAUUCAACCGGGAUGUUUUAGAUUGUGUUGUAGAUGAGAUGGAUUUCUCAGGGUUGGAGUUGGAUGAAGCUCUGCGUAAAUUCCAGUCUCAGAUCCGUGUUCAAGGUGAAGCACAGAAGGUGGAGCGACUGAUUGAAGCGUACAGUCAACGCUACUGCAUCUGUAACCCUGACAUCAUCCGUCAGUUCAGAAACCCCGACACUAUGUUCAUCCUGGCGUUUGCCAUCAUCCUCCUCAACACAGACAUGUACAGCCCAAACGUCAAGAUGGAGCGCAAGAUGAAGCUUGAGGACUUUAUCAAGAACCUACGAGGUGUGGAUGAUGGAGAAGACAUCCCUCGUGAGAUGUUGGUUGGGAUUUAUGAGCGGAUCCAGAAGAAGGAGCUAAAGACGAAUGAAGAUCACAUGUCACAGGUGCAGAAGGUGGAGAAACUCAUCGUGGGGAAAAAAACAAUUGGAUCACUUCACCAUGGCCUUGGAUGUGUGUUGUCUCAGCCUCAUCGCAGGCUGGUGUGUUACUGCAGACUGUUUGAAGUUCCUGAUCCAAACAGACUGCAGAAACUCGGCCAGCACCAGCGCGAGAUAUUCCUCUUCAACGACCUCCUGGUGGUCACUAAGAUCUUCCAGAAGAAGAAGAACACGGUUACAUACAGUUUCAGACAGUCUUUCUCUCUGUAUGGGAUGCAAGUGAUGCUCUUUGAGAAUCAGUUCUAUCCAAAUGGCAUCCGGCUCACUUCAGCUAUUCCUGGUGCAGACUUCAAAGUCCUGAUCAACUUCAAUGCUCCCAAUCCUCAGGACCGCAAAAAAUUCACCAGUGACCUGCGAGAGUCUAUCGCUGAGGUUCAGGAUAUGGAGAAAUACCGGAUUGAGUCUGAGCUGGAGAAGCAGAAGGGUGUGGUCAGACCCAGUAUGUCUCAGAGUAUGACUGGACUCAAGAAAGAGGUGGGAAACGGCACCAUCAGCCGCACCAGUCUGGACGACACCUACGCCAUGGGGGAAGGGCUUAAACGGAGCACGCUCAGUAGCUCCCUACAGGACCUCUCUGAAGCAGGGCUCCAUCACUAGCAGUCCUCCUCUGUGCCGGAGACCCCCAUCCUCCUGGGAUCACCCUCUUCCUGACAGUCACAGCUGUCCAAACGCCUCCUCUCUCCUUGGGUCACUGUUCGGCAGCAGGCGGGUCAGGCUCCUUCCACCCCACCUUGGUCACCCUACCCUCAUCUGCCACACGCCACACCUGUUUAACCUGCACCACACCGCCCAGUCUCACACCCGCCACUCACAGAGAUGUCACCCUCCACCGUACAGGCACCAGCUGCCAGCACGCGGGCAACACGGGCCACCUCUUUUCAGGCACUCACACACACACAAACACUGCGCCAUCAGCACGCUGGUGUGAAUGGAGACGGGCAAAACUCAUCAACUCCGCAGCCAAAGCCCAGCGGGCGAGAGGAGUGACAUAUCUGCACAAUCUACAUCUGUGAUUCAUUUAGGACACUUUUCAUAUUCUGCCGACAGGUGAAAUUCACAAAAACAAAUCCGGCUCAUAUUUCACCCCAGUUUCAAAAGACAAUGAAAGACGUUUAUUUAUUUUUAUUUAGAUUUUUGCAUUGUGACAUUAUUUUCAUGAAUAUUGAGCAGAAUGAAUACCCAAAUUCCCAUUACCAUAACACAAAGUAAUGUUUCUUAUUACUGUAAUAAAGUCAUUUUUACUGUAUUACAAUGUUUUGUAAUGCAAUACAAUGAUUUAUUUAAAUCAGCAUAAAUAAAAGGCAGCACAAAAAAUACUACAAUUACAUAUAUAUGUAAAAUGUAUAUAACAUGUUAAACUGUAAGAUGUAAAUAAUAUAUCCUUUUUAUGGGGGUUGGAGGGAUGUGCUUAAUUCUCAUGAAUAUAAUGUCAAAGGGUGAUUCUCAUUGUCCUGUCCUGGUAAAAUGUCCUGGUUCUAUUUUACUUCAAAAUGAAAAGAAACUAAUAAUAAAUGUAAUUUUGCAUAUAGAACACAAAGCCUAUUUUUAGGGCCAUUGAAGGGGUCAUGACAUGCCUUUUUAUUAUUUUAAUAUGCUCCUUGAGGUUCACUUAUAAUAUUAGUAAAGUUUUUUUGCACAAAAAACAGUGUUAUAUAUUUGUAAAACAUGAUCAUUUUCCACCCUCAUUCUGACUCUCAGUCAGACACACUUGGUUUUCAUGCUGCUUUUCCUUUAAGACUUGACAGUAAAGUAUUUAAAAAUAAAUAAUGUCACAAUGCAAAAACAAUCUUGAUGGUCCUAAAUGUAGGCUUCAUUUUCUUCGUGCAAAAAAUAUAAUUUCCUUUUUUAUUUCCUUUUUUUUUCUUUUCGGACAGGUUUCAUCAGAAUCACCCCAAAAUGCAAAAAGUCUUAAUGGUCCUAAAAUAUUUUUUUUCAUAUAUUUCAGUUUAUUUAUGAUAUUAUUUGUUAUUUUCUUUGUUUUUGUUUUUCUAUUUUGGGAUGAAAUUAGACCCGAACAUGUCAUUGACAGGUUUUGUAAGAUUCACCCCUACAGAGGUUAUAUUUGUUAAUAAAAUAUACUUUAUAGUUUGUUUGCUUGUGUUAGGGCAUUGUAUUUUUGAGACUGACAUCAACACUAGCAGAGAGUAGAUAUUCUAAUGCUGUAUAUUUAUAGUGGAUGACAGAUACGUAUAUAUGUUUUAGCAAUCAUUAUUUAAUGUGCCAAUGACCAUGUCAUAUUAACUCAUUAGUGUGUAGUACAGUAGUGCAAUUGAAGCUAUUGUAAACAAAAAGCAAUGUUAUAGAAUACUGUUCAAAUGUAUUCUGAAUUUUUUAAGAACAAUAUUUGGGUCCAGUUUGAGUCAUGGUCAUAUUUAAAGAAGAAUGUUACUAGAAACCUUGCGUUGUGAUCUGAUAUGAGGGGAUUAAAAUGUACAGCGUAAGGUCAUAAUGAAGUGUAUGACUACAUAUCGAUAAACCAGGGAGGACCUAUGUGAAGGAUUUAAGAAGAGGUUAAAAAUAUAUUUGCAUGCCUUUAACUGGGGUUAGAACUUUUUCUUGAAAAAGAACUUUUUCUUUUUCAAUGAAAAUGAUGAACUCAGGGGUGUAGAUUCCAGUACAAACCCCCCCCACCACCCCCCAAUAUUUAUACCAUGAUCAAAGGAAACAUGACCCCACGCCCCCACCCCCCCCCCCCACCCCUACCCCUACACACACAAGACAAAUCUACACUCUUGGAUGAACUCAUUUUGCAUUUUUUUAUACUCUAGUCUCUUCCUUUAGAGUUAUGCACAGGACCUCUGAGGGCCAGUGACUGAAUUAUUUUUCUAGGUAUUAAGGAUUAUUUUGUUUCUUUAUGAGUAAAAUAUGUUUGUCAUGAUGGCUCAAACAUCAUUAUUCUUCUUCUCUCAUCAGAGUGGCAUUUGGAUUGUCAUUGGACCAGCAUUUUUACAUUGAAUGGAAUGUCAAAGUGAUCGACUAGUCUUUAACUGUGAUCUGUUAUUGAUGUUAUUGGUGUUUAUUUAUUAGUGGAAAUAAACCAGUGUUACCAUGGCAAUUAAGUGCAAUCAUGUAAAGAGUACUUUAAAAAACACACACACACUUAUUUUUGUCUUUCAUUAACCAGAAGACCGUUUAUCGUCUUUUCAGAGUUUCAGGUGAAUUUUCUGCCAUAUUAUGCAAGUAUGUGUAUGUUUAGAGGGAUGUAUAUCUAUUAUUAGAUUUUCUUGGUGAAAUGUGGCAGAUGGAAAUGAUCAUUUUAAAGAGGAGUAAAUAUAAGAACAAUAGCAUUCAAUCAAGGUCUUUUCAGUAUGAAAGUUUCUUUGCUCAGAGUGCACAUGUACCUCAAACCAAAGCACUGGGCCACAUUUUUUCUCCUUUAAUGUUACAGUUUCACUUGGAAAUACAUCGCAUUGCAGAAGUAAAAUGGGUUUUAAUGUAUUUCACGUUGAGGAAAAAAUUUAAAAGCGCUUUUCUUUUAACAUUACCCCCAAAAUAAAAUUUUCAUUUUUUUAUUUACUCUGCAUAAAAUUUUAAAAACUUAAGCAGAUAUUAUUAUUAUAUUUGGUUUGACAUUGAUACACCAACAAUGCACUGAAGAUUUCAAUGUAUCAUCGUUCAUGUUUUCUCACUGUGACCUGUGCAACACAGCCUGUAGUCUAUUUGAUUCUCUCUUUAGCUGUGUUACAAGUGGUCGAGCUGAUGUUGUGGUUCUUUAUUGCCUCGUGUGUUACUACAGUGCUGCAUGCACAAUAUUCUUCUCAUGCAUUUCAAAGAUGAAAUAAAACAGCAACUAAUCGAGUAAAGAGGGCUUGUAAAGACACAUCUGAGCAGUAAUAAAUCUAUUAGAGGAGCAAGUGUGGAGAUCAUUGUGUACAGUAUAGUGUUUAUAGUGUACUGACUGCAUUAUAUGUUCAAAUGAGAGUUGUGUUUGCAUCUGUUUUACUGUGUAUCACUGAAAUGGACUGUUUUUUUGUCUACUCACAUGCUGCUAUUUCAAUCUGUCAAUAAAAUGUUCAGCGAAAUGAAAGGAUUUUGAAGGGAAUUCUUUUAUUUGGACAUUGUAGACAAGCGAAUGCUUUAAUUUGUGGUUUUGUUUUGUUUGUAAUGGUUAUCUCUAUGUUAGUGUACAGUCAAUGUAAAACCUCAACUGUGAUGAUGCUCAGAACACAAAAUAAAAAGAAUACAGUGCAUC